AUACCUGUCGCCAUUCAUAGCCUCAAUCUACGAAUCUCCCUCUCUCUAUCUCCUUAUCCAACACAAACAAAAACGAAUUCUCAAAGAUAAAAGAGACGAAAUCAGAGAGGGCUCACUAGCAAUGGCGUCUCUUCUCAGAGCAUCAUCUCCUUCUUCAAUCUUAACUUGCCCUCGUCGUCUUUCUUCUCCUUCCUCAUCAUCUUCAAUCUCCCCUGUCUUCUUUGGACCAGGGAAGUUUUGUGGAAGAAUCCAAUUAAAGCCUAAGAAGAACAGAUCUCGUUACCAUGUUUCUGUUAUGAAUGUCACCACAGAGAUCAACUCUAUUGAACAAGAAAAGAAGUUUGAUUCAAAGGAAAGUGCAAGGCCGGUUUAUCCAUUUGCUGCUAUUGUAGGACAAGAUGAGAUGAAGCUAUGCCUUUUGUUAAACGUGAUUGACCCGAAGAUAGGUGGUGUGAUGAUAAUGGGAGAUAGAGGAACCGGUAAAUCAACGACCGUUAGAUCGUUAGUUGAUUUGCUUCCCGAGAUCACUGUGGUUGCUGGUGAUCCUUAUAACUCAGACCCUAGAGAUCCUGAGUUUAUGGGAAAAGAAGUGAGAGAGAGAGUACAAAAGGGAGAACAGUUGCCUCUUAUCGAAACCAAAAUCAACAUGGUUGAUCUUCCUUUAGGUGCUACAGAAGAUAGAGUUUGUGGAACAAUUGAUAUCGAGAAAGCUUUAACCGAAGGUAUCAAGGCGUUUGAGCCGGGGCUACUAGCUAAAGCCAAUAGAGGGAUACUAUAUGUAGACGAAGUUAAUCUCUUGGAUGAUCAUUUAGUUGAUGUUCUUCUUGAUUCUGCUGCUUCUGGUUGGAACACUGUUGAAAGAGAAGGGAUUUCGAUUUCUCACCCUGCUCGGUUUAUCCUAAUUGGUUCAGGGAAUCCUGAAGAAGGAGAGCUUAGACCACAGCUUCUUGACCGUUUUGGUAUGCAUGCGCAAGUAGGGACGGUUAGAGAUGCGGAGCUGAGAGUUAAGAUUGUUGAAGAGAGAGCUCGUUUUGAUAGUAACCCGAAGGAGUUUCGAGAAUCUUAUUUAGCAGAACAGCUGGAGCUUCAGGAGCAGAUUACAACAGCAAGAAGCAAUCUUUCUGCAGUUCAGAUCGAUCAAGAUUUGAAAGUGAAGAUCUCAAAGGUCUGCUCUGAGCUAGACGUUGACGGAUUGAGAGGAGACAUAGUGACAAACAGAGCAGCUAGAGCACUUGCGGCACUCAAAGGAAGAGAUCAAGUUACUGCUGAAGAUGUUGGUAUCGUUAUACCAAACUGCUUAAGACACAGACUCAGAAAAGAUCCAUUGGAGUCUAUGGAUUCUGGCAUUCUCGUUACCGAGAAGUUCUAUGAGGUCUUCAGCUAGAGUAAAGACAAAUUCUUGAGAACACAUUUAACAUAUGCUUCGACUCACUAAGAAGAUUCGAUUUGUAUCCCUUAUUACACAUGAAAAGUUUUGUUUUUUUUUUCAAGAAUCAAUUGGGCUGAUUCCAGAAUCUUGGCUUCCGUUCUUGAAACUCUGGUAAUCUCUGAUAAACAAUGGAGGCAACUCUGAUGAGAAUACCAGCAGUGAGUGCCCAUAUGAUAAAGCUUAUCUCUUUAUCUUCGGAAUAGUAAUCAAAGUACUGAAGAAGAUAUUUAUGUC